AUGUCUGACCCCACCUCCGACUCGUCGGCUGCCCCGCCACAGACUUCUUCGAAGUCUUCCAACACAGUGCCUUUCUUCCUGAAUGGCGCCGAACAACUCACUUCCAAGACAUUUCCCGUCACCUCUGCAGGUACUAACCAAUACCUCUACGAAUCGGCCUCUGCUCAGACCUCCGAUGCCGAGGCCGCCGUUGCUGCUGCAGCCGCAGCCUUGCCCGCUUGGCGCGCACUCAAGCCCGCGAAGCGCGCUGCCAUCCUAGUCAAGACUGCCGAGGUCAUGAACUCCCGCCACGAUGAGCUCGCCGGCUACUUGACGAGCGAGACUGGCGCCACGCCAGCCUGGGCCGAUUUCAACCUCAAGGUCACAACCGAUAUACUCAUCGCCUCCGCAGCUCGGGUGCACUCGGUAGAGGGCAUCAUCCCAACGCCAGCCGGCGAAGGUAGCUCCGCCCUCAUCGUCAAGGAACCCUUUGGCGUCGUCCUCGCCAUUGCCCCAUGGAACGCACCCUAUAUUCUCGGUAUCCGCGCCAUUGCUGGGCCCCUCGUCACCGGCAACACUGUCGUUCUCAAGGGUCCGAGUGACGCCCCGGCCGUCACCGCCGCGCUCAUCGCGCACCGCGACGUCAAGAAAAUCAACUUCACCGGCUCCACGGGCGUCGGUCGCAUCAUUGGGCCCCCUCGCCGGGGAAAACCCUCAAGCCCGUGCCUCCUCGAGCUCGGGGGGGAAAGGCCCCCGGCCCAUCGUCUGGGGAAAAAGCUGGGCUUCCAGCUCGCCGCGCAGAAACCCCCGAGCGCAUCCGUUGUCCACAAAGGCCGGGGAGCGCCCGCCCUUUUGAGUCCCGCCCCUUCGCGACGCCGAAGGGAAAAUCUUUUUUCGCCGGCCGAAGCCCCCCGGGGCUCAUUGCUGGGGUUGCCGUCACCAAGAACAAGAAGCUCAUCCGUGAUGCCAUCGCGCCAGGGGGCCCGCGUCGUGGCCGGCGACCCGAAUGCCGACGACGCCUCGCCGACGCGCAUGCGGCCCGUCGUGCUCGGCGGCGUCACAGCCGAGAUGGACAUCUACCAGACCGAGUCGUUCGGCCCCACCGUGUCCCUCUACGAGGUCGAGACGGAGGAAGAGGCCUUGCGCAUUGCCAACGACACCGAGUACGGCCUGUCGUCAGCUGUCUUCACCGAGGACCUACGCAGAGGUCUGCGCUUCGCGAAGAACAUUGAGACGGGCGCUGUGCACAUCAACAGCAUGACUGUGCACGACGAACCGGCGCUGCCUCAUGGCGGUGCCAAGGCUAGCGGGUACGGCAGGUUCAACGCCGGUGCCUUGGAGGAGUGGGUGAGGACCAAGACCAUCACGUAUCAGGACUGA